AUGUGUCGGAAAGUGUUGGAUUCAGACGGAAAAUGGCACAUAUCGUUGCCGAAAUCCAUUUUCAAAGGAACCCUACGUUACGCAUCGCUGAAUGCUAUUAAAACUCAUGAUUGUGGACCGUCAGAUGAUCUGAUGGGAUGGAUUUAUUCUGUUAUCGAAUUAGCGCUAUCCAGGCUGCCCUGGGCGAAAAGUGCACCACGUGAAAUGGUGAAGCUGAAAGCAAAGAUCAGCGGGGAAGAACUGUGUGCACAAAUGCCUCCACCAUUUUUGCAAUGCCAUAAUUAUAUUCAACGCUUGAAACCAACGGAAAUGCCGCGACAUGAUUUCAUCAACAGUUGUCUGAAGAGUUGCAUACCGAGAGGAGUAAAGCCGGAUGAUCCCUACGAUUGGGAAGUGACAGGAAACUGUUAA